AUAACGAACAAAAACCGCCCCAAAUUCCCCCCCUCUCGCUCUAAAUAUCAAGGACGAACCGUACAGUAAUUUUCUGCUCUGCUUGGCCACUGAGAAAACAGAAAAGAAAAGAAAAUUAAGAACCUUCCUCCUGCAACUUAAUCCGCCAACUUUUGUUAGUUUUUGUAGUUUCGAGCUUUAAAAAUCUCUCUUUAAUUUCUCGGGAACCGAACAGGAGCGACUGAAAAUUUUGUAAAGAUUUGAGCGUUUCCUAUUUGUUUAUACGUAAAAGAAAGUGAUAAAGUGUAGUUUCUUGGAGUUACAAUGGCGAGCCAGAGACUGCAUUGGGGUUUUGUUGUGAUUGUGUUCUUGGCGAUUCUUUCUUUUCAAGCUUCUGCUUCUACUGAUGCUUCUGAUGUCAUAGCACUUCAAGAUCUAUACAAGGCCCUGAGUAACCCCCCACAGCUAAAGGAAUGGAGAUUGGAUGGAGGAGAUCCAUGUGGGGAAUCAUGGACUGGAGUCUCAUGUGCUGGGCCAUCUGUAUUAUACCUUAAACUUCAAGGACUGAACCUCAGUGGGUUCCUUGGAACCCAGCUGCAUUAUCUCCAUAGCUUGAAGCAUCUGGAUGUUAGCUCCAAUUAUAUUGGGGGUGAAAUACCAUAUGCUUUGCCACCUAAUGCCACUCAUAUAAACUUAGCAUACAACUACUUGAGCAAAAGUAUACCCCUUUCCUUACCAGGUGUAGAGUUACUUCGUCAUCUGAAUUUGAGUCACAAUUCACUGUCUGGACCCAUUGGCAAUGUGUUUACUGGCCUACAGAACCUAAAAGAGAUCGACCUGUCAUACAAUAACUUCACUGGAGAUUUGCCAAGUUCUUUUGGAUCUCUGACAAAUCUUACCAAAUUGUUCUUACAGAACAACCAGUUCACUGGCUCAGUUGUCUACCUGGCUAAUCUUUCACUAACUGACCUGAAUAUCCAAACCAAUCACUUCAGUGGUGUAAUUCCAACUCAAUUUCAGUUAAUACCCGAUCUAUGGAUUGACGGAAAUCAGUUCCACAUAGGGGCAAAUUAUCCUCCCUGGAAUUAUCCUUCGGAUAAUGGAUCCAUUGGGCAAAAUUUUAAUGGUCCCCCAACCACCGAGUCAAGUGCCAUGGAGAAUUAUAUCAAGGUAAAUGGACACAAGAAGAAAAGGUUGGGCCCUGGUGGAAUAGUUUUUGCAGUGGGUGUGGUAGCUCUGGUGGUGACUUGCGCUGCAAUCUUCAUUGCAUUGCGUAUCAAGCGAUCCCGCCAUUCUUGUUCUGUCAGGACAACUAGAGUAGCAUCUGAAGUGAACCCACAACUAUUGCCUCCCCGAUCUCCUUCACUUCUUUUCCCAACGCAUAUCCCUCGUAUUUGCCACAACAGAAAUGAAAAAAAUUCAGCAAGAAAAAGUUUCUCGAUAUAUAAAGCCCCAGUAAGUGCAAACAUUUACACUGUGACAGAACUUCAGCUGGCAACAAACAACUUCGGUGAAGAGAAUCUUCUUGGAGAGGGGUCUCUUGGUUCUGUUUACAGAGCCGAAUUCCAAAAUGGCCAAAUAUUUGUUGUGAAAAACAUCAAUAUGGUAUCACUUUCAUUCCAAGAAGAAGAACAAUUCUUGGAUGUGAUUUGGACUGCUUCCCAACUGAGGCAUCCAAAUAUUGUAACACUCAUUGGCUACUGUGUAGAACACGGGCAGCAUCUCCUCGUGUAUGAUUACAUCAGAGAUUUGUCUCUUCAUGAUGUUCUGCAUAGUGAUGGGUACAAGCCACUGUCAUGGAACAUUCGUCUCAAUAUUGCGCUUGGUGUUGCUCGGGCUUUGGAGUUCUUGCACUCCACAUUCUCGCCUCCUAUUUCUCAUGGCAAUGUAAAGGCUGCCAAUGUCUUACUUGAUAAAGAGCUUAUGCCUCGUCUCUGUGACACCGGACUAGCUAUUUUGAGGCCACUGACAAGCAACAGUGUUAAAAUAAAGGCUUCUGAAAUUGCUAUUGGUGACACGGGCUAUAUUGCUCCUGAACAUGGGGAACCAGUAACUGACAACACCAAGAGUGACAUUUAUGCGUUUGGAGUGUUGCUUUUGGAGCUAUUAACUGGAAGGAGACCUUUUGAUGGCUCAAGACCAAGAGCGGAGCAAUCUUUGGUGAAAUGGGCUUCGUCUCGGCUGCAUGACAAUGAGAGUUUGAUUCAGAUGGUUGACCCGGGCAUCAAAACACUCCCCUCCAAGACUCUAUCUCGGUUUGCAGACGUUGUCUUGCUCUGCAUUCAGCCUGAAAAGUUCUUCCGUCCACCUAUGUCAGAAAUUGUUUCAUCACUGACAAGUGUGCUGCGAAAAUUCACCGCUGCAAAAAGUGGUGCCAUGGAGGGUGCUGAAGUUGACCCUUUUGAGAGGUCUUUUUGUUCGACUUAUAGUCGCUUCAUAACCUCACCAACACCGAGUUACAUUUCUGUUUGAUUUUUGCAAGUGGUCAGGGGAUAUAAUAAAUGAGUUACUGUCAGAAGCAUUACUUAAGCAUGAUUUUUGUAAUUCUAGUUAACUGCUUUUAGCGCAAGACCCUUGACAGUCAGGCAAUUUUGUUAUGGCUUUCCUUUCCAUUUCAUGUAUUGUCACUGUUAGCACAAGGAAUUAGCCUUUCU